AUGGGAAUAUUAAGCGCAGUAAACUUGAACUUGCACCGAAUUCAGUUCUUUAAUUCGCAACGAUGGAAAUCAAUUGCUCAAACACUUUAUCUUCUGUUAAAACCAGUGGCUGCUCUGUUUAUAUGUCAAUGUUUGGUCCUUAUUCGACCGUUGAGCAGGAAACUUGGUAAUUACCCAUUUCUCAUUAUCACCAUACAGACAUUGUUUUAUCCCAUUCAAGCCACUGUAGGUGGCCAAAUAGAAAUAAUUUAUGAAUCCCUGUUAGGGACCAUUAUUGGUUUAGGUUGGGCUGUUGGUUCAAAGUUUUUGGCAGUCAUUGCAAAUCGUAAUGGCUAUUCGGGUGCAGCCGUUUUGGCAAUUUUUCUUACCGUAGGUUCUUUCAUAUCAGGCUAUAUUCGUAGCCGAUAUGGGUAUCGAAGCAUGUGCAUUAUGUGGAUUUUUAUAGAUUGUUUUCUAAUGACGAUCGAUCCCCGCGGAAAGACUGUUCCUUCUUCCUUUUAUACUAGUCUUGUUUACCCAUCACUAAUAGCAGCAGGUGUGGUGUUUUUGGUUUCAUUAUUUAUUCCUCCAACUAGAAUGGCAUCAGAUUUGGUGGGAAAUUCCGCGCUUUCUUAUUUAGAUGAAUUAAUGAAUUGUUUGAAUGGAUGUCUUCAGGGAUUUUUCCCUUCAGUCGAUACAUCCUCCAGUUCGUAUUCCUCGUCAGAAGAGUAUCGCCUUACUAAUUAUCGUACUGUUCUCCGAGACCGUCUCAAGAAGUUUAGCUCGGAUCUUCGAAAUUCUCAAUUUGAGCUGAACUUUUCUUUCAUCCCUAUAGGUGUUCUUAAAGACAUAGAAAGCGUACUACACCGUACGUCUCUUGCUAUGUCUGCAAAUGUCGCGGCGUGUGUAUCUUUGUACAGAGCAUUCAACUUUAGUCAUUACCACAAUCAUGCUGAAAGCAAGGUUUCAGAAUCAAGCUCUUAUUCUUUGAGGGAUUCUUUCAAUGGAAUAGACUCCGAUUUGUUUACGCCGCAUUUUCGCUUACGAGGUAAUCCUACUCUUCAUUCGAGUCCUAGACCACAACCAAGUAAAGAUGUUUUCAAAAUAUAUCUAGACUACUUUUCACAAAAUGUGAAUGAUAUUUCUAAUCGACUCAUGGCUUCUUUGCAAACAUCCCGCAGCGUUUUGCUAUGGUUGAUUUCAUCAUCACCAGAGGUUCCAGACGAACAAAUUUUGGAAAAUAUUUCCUCUUUAAGUGAAGAGAACAUAAAAGAAAAUGAGACUAUAAGAAAUGCUAUCAAAAUGGCAUUUGAACUUAGUCGAAAUAAUCGAACUUUUACUGGCUUAUACAUGUUUGCUGCUGAUGAAGAUGUGUUUUCAAUUUCGUAUUACAUUUUUAACCUUUUUGAGGUUGCGAAAGAGAUAAGAAAUCUUUUAAUUAAGCUAUUGUUUUUGAAAAAAUUUCGCACAAAACGACGGAAGUUCUACUUCCAUACAUUCAGCAUACUCAAGGAAAGGGGAAGAGAUCAUGAUGAACUUCACGUUCUCUCAACUCCUUUUGCCUCUCAUGAUAUCCCAGAUAGCGGAAAUUCCGUUGAAGAAUUAGUAGCUCGUGGUGAAGAACAUAAUUGGGAGGAUAAUAGUAAAAACACGGAAAGUCUGAGUUUUAGUGGAAAAGUCAGGAAGAGAUUGCCAAGGUUCCGUAGCCGAUUAUGGAAAGUGAGCCAUUGGCUUAUACAGUCGAAAGACGUGAAGUAUGGUUUGAAGAUGGCUGCUGGAAUUAGUUUGCUGAGUAUAGUGGCCUUUCAGAAGUCUACGGCUCAUGAUUAUGGAGAAUGGAACGGACAAUGGGCCCUGAUUUCUACGUUGUUUGUGUUAGAGGUUACUGUUUCUGCUACUUUACGCGUUGGGUUCUUUCGAGCUUUGGGAACUUUAUCUGGUGCUGUUUAUGCAUACGUGGCAUGGGAAAUUAGUCGUGGUUGGAGUUAUGUUAUUGCUUCCCUUACGUUUUUGGUAUCCUGGCUGUCUUGCUAUAUCAUGUUUCGUACCAGUUAUGCUGGCGUUGCUACGGUUUUUAAUAUCACAUUUCCACCCAUUUUGUAUGGGGCUUACUUGGGGAAUAAGAGUUCUUCUUUUCAUUUGGCUGUAUUCCGUUUCCUGGAUGUGAUCGUUGGUAUCGGCAUGGCUAUUGUCGUAAAUAUUGUGGUCUUUCCAUAUCUUGCUCGACGUGUUCUCACCAAAGAAAUUGGAAAGGCUUGUCAAUUAAAUUUACAGUUGUACAAUACAAUGUCAGAAUAUAUGCUGAGCUCGACACAUCAUGCGAGCACAAGUUUGUGCGAUGAUAUGGAAAACCAAAUUGUAUUCCAUUUGCUAAAGGCAGGUGAUCUUUUAUUACUUACCAACAUGGAAUUCCGACUAAAGGGACCUUUUCCAGGAAAGCUAUUCCAGCAACUUAUCGACAAGCUAGGUAUUAUGACCGGACGGCUGGUGAUAUUGAAUAAGGUAAGAGCACGCUUUGGGCCUUAUCUUUACCAAGAAGUAGUGGAAAAUGUUAUUCGAUAUCGAAAAAGCUUGAUUGCUUCGAUAUCGCUAACAUUGUAUAUUUUAUCUCAUAGUAUAAUGGUGAAAUCGCCGGUGCCGUAUUUCUUACCAUCUUCGCGGAACGCUCAUUGGAAUUUGAGGCAAGCCAUUAUGAAAGAUAUUCAGAUUAAAACUGGCUUUAGCAGCGAUAAUCCAGACGACACAUACGUUUCUGACGAAUCCAGCCCGACUGCAUUGUCGGCGGCUUUAUGGCUCCAUGGCAAUGAAGGGGUGUUGUACUACUAUGCUGAAUGCCAAGUGAUUGAGGAAAUCGUCAAUGACUUGGAAGAUUUGUUAAUGUUGGUAAAGCGAAUUAACGGGGAAGAAAAGAAGCCCAAACUUUGGAACGAAAAAUUGUAA